GGUUACUUUGAAUUUUUGUACUCACAUAACAUCUAGGAUUUUACCUAAUAAAAAUUGGAUGCUACCUCCCCUGUAGUCUUUUAGUAUUAUGUGAACUAUGGCAAAGAGCACCCUAUGUGACUUGGAUUUGAUUCUCAAUACUUGAUUUUACUACUGCAAAGACAUUUACAUAUUGCGGCACACUCUGUGGCCUUAGAAUUAGAUAACUCUUUGCCAAUUUUUACAUUAUAGGAGGAGAAUCAUAAGACAAGCAACCCAUUUAAUGGAAGGAAGUAGUUGGGAUAACAAUGGAAGUGGUGAUCCCGAUUUUGGGAUCUUUUGUUAUUGCGGAGAACCAACAAUAUUGAGGAAAUCUGGAACACAAAAGAACCCAGGUCGAAGGUUCUUCGGAUGUGCAAAUUAUAAGGUCGAACGUUCUUCAGAUUGUGGUUUUUUUUGCUGGUAUGAGCCUUGUAUUUCGCAAGGAAGGGCUGAUUUGGGGCCAAUGAUGGUUCAGAAAAAAAAAAAGGCUGUGAGGACUGUUGAACAAUGUGAGAGUUCAGCAUCCAUGAGCAUUAGUGAAGAAAUGCAGAGGACAACAAUCACAAUGCAGAUGAAGAUUGAAGCCAUGCAGAAGGAGAUUGAUGCAAUGCGAAAGAGAAUGAGAAAUGAGGGGAAAAUGAACUGGAAUUACCUUUGGAUUAUUUUUUUUUGUGUUGUGUCGUACAUGUGUGGCAAAAGCAGCCAGUGAUCUCAAGUAGUGGUAGUGGUAGUAGUAGUAGUAUCUCUUAACCGGAACUAGCAUUUGGCCGCAUGAUUGUGUAGUUGACCGCUUUUGAAUAGUAUUUUUGUGAGCUACUGGAAUGUGCCACCAUUGAAACUUGCA